AUGAGAACCUCCCGCUAUGCUAGUACCCGUCAAAAGUCCUGCCAGCAGUGCUCCAGCGCCAAGGCACGCUGCGACCGCAAAGAACCCGGGUGCUCGCGAUGCGCCCACCGCCGCCUCGUUUGCACCUUUCCCCCGGUCUCCUCAGCGCCGCUGCCGGAGACAAGCUUCCGCGCCUCGAUACCGAGCCCAGGAUCAGACUUUUCCGUCCACCCGCCUGCCCUCACCGCCAGCCAUGCCUCUUCCAGCAACCCGCCCGAUGAAGCCGACACGCGCCGCGGCCUCGAUUUUGCCCGCCUCCGCCUGGCCUGCCCAAUCGACGUGGAGAGGAUCCAGAACCGGUGGCUGAACCCGUACCUCGAGCAGCCGGACCAAAUCGUCAAGGAGUACCCGCCCAAGGUGACGCGCUUCAUCUUUCGCGUGCUCAAGUCGUACGCCGCCGUCGCGGCCCGCGGUCGGGUCGCGCUGCCCUUUGUGCACCCGACCCAGAUGGACAUUCCGAGUUCGCACCUCGCGACGUGUCUGAGCCUCGCCCGCGUCAGCGACAACCCCCUGCCCGGCAGCGAGGACGCCGCGGCCGCUAUUCUGCAGCGCGAGAUGGACGCCAUCACCGCCAACGACCAGGACGCUGCCGGCCACCUGUCGACGCUGGCCGCCUUUCAGGCCUACUUGAUUUAUAUCCUGAUUCUCUUCUUUCGCCUGAACCAAGGGCCGAGCCCGUUCUUCCGCACCGCCAUGACGACGUUGCAAGGUCUGGCCUGCGUCACGUCCCGGAUGGGCCUUGUCUGCGCGGCCGAUGCCACGCACACGCGGCCACGAUGGGAAGAAUGGAUCAUCACCGAGGCGAAGCGGAGAACGCUCUACGUCAUGUAUCUACUGGACAGUGUCCUGUCGGACCAGGAAAAUCUGCCCACGUAUCUCGGCACGGAGCUGCGCGGGCUGCCGGUGCCCUCCAACAAGGCGCUGUGGCAGGCGCCGACUCGCGCGGCCUGGGAGAUGGAGUACAAUAUGUUCUUGGCCGAGUGGUCGGAGAGGCAAUUGACGAUUGAUGAACUGUGGUCGAUACCGCCGGACAUGAACGACGCUGGCAUUGUUCGACGGCGAAGGCGUGUCGACCACUGGCUGGAAAAUUUGGAUGAAUUUGGCACCAUGCUAUUUGCGGUGACUUGCUGUACGCAUGGAGAACUGUAA